ACAGACUUUAGAUGCUCAAUACGAGUGUUUUUUUCCUAAUUUAUGAAUUUGGUAUUGUGGUGAUAUAUUUUUUGAAUUUGAUCACUUAAAUUGAGAAAGAAUUCUUGUUACCCUUUUAAUGGGUUUUACUCAUUUUGAUGUUUUAGAGAUUCUUAUAUCAAUGUAUGAAGUCUGAACUGUUGCAUUGCUUUUUUGAGUAUUCCGAGUCUUAUAAAAACUUGAGCUGUCUUUAGAUAAAAGACUUAGCAGGGUUGUCACAGAUUACGGAUUGCUAGAGCAAUGUGCAGAAAGUAAUUACCUUAUGUUGCAUGUGUUCAUAUCCAACGUAUCUAGGAUUUGAGCUCAUAGCUUCACAUAUAGUAGUGAGUCAGGCCGAUUUCAACUGCAAAAUUUUUAGUCCAAUAAUUUUUAUUAAGAGUAGUUUUCAAGGCGAGAGAACAGAAAUUAGCUUAACAUCCGUACUAUUCAUCUCUGUAAAUAGUCAGAUAGUAUUUGACCGUCAAGCACUGGAAGAAAGACCAAUUUCUUUUGCCAUUUCUCAAGAACAGAAUGCCUUCUGCAGCAGUGAUCCCUUGUGUACAUUGGAUGAAACGCAAAUUUUUAAAUUGUAGCCAGACUAAAAAUUGAUUGAACGGCACUUGAGCUGCGACACAUGCGAAGAAUUUUCUCUUAAUAACAAUACAUGCUUCGGGGGAUGGACUGGCUGUCUUUGCCUACUGUUAUUGUUUGUGAAUGAUGUACAGUUGGAAGAAGGGUUCUACUGCUUUGAGCAUAUUUAAAUGGAGAUUGCGCGGUGAAUCAACACUAACGACAGGCUUACUUAAUGAUGUGCCCCCUGAGAUUGAAUUGUCUGACUACGGCAGGGUACCAAGUCCUGGUAGUGAGAGUCCUUCAGGUUUUCUUAAUGGUGAGAGCUUGAAUGUGGAACCAAUUGCUGAUUUGGACUUGUUCUUUGAAAGACUAUAUAGUUACUAUUGCGAGAAAGGGCUUUGGUGCAUUAUUAUAAAGUGGAUUGUUGAACUUUUGAGUCUGGGUUUCACCAUCUGUUUUUCUGGAUUCUUCUUGUUGUAUAUUGAUUGGAAUGGACUUCGUAAUGCUAAAUGUGGGAUGGAUGCAGUUGAAUCUGGAAUUAAGCCUUGUGAUCUUGCUAAAGAAGCUCUUCAUCAGCACCCACUAACUCCUUUAACGAUUUCAAAAGCUAUUAUUGUUGGGUAUUUGGGAUUGUUUUCUAUCUAUUUGAUCUUUUGUUUCUUGAGGUUCUUUGCUCAAUUAAGAGAUAUUCUUGGGAUUCGUCAUUUCUAUUACAACAGUCUCCAUGUUACAGACAAUGAAAUUCACACCAUGCCAUGGGCAACAAUUCUUGAAAAGGUUGUACAGUUACAAAGUUCACAGCAACUCUGUGUAGUCAAGGACCUUUCUGCUCACGAAGUGGUGAUGCGGUUGAUGCGGAAGGAGAAUUACUUGAUUGGGAUGCUGAAUAAAGGAGUGCUUGCUUUUCCGAUCUCCCCAUGGGUUCCAGGCACUGGUCCAAUUGUUAAAUAUGGUCCAAAUGGAGCACAGUACCGCUUAAUACUAACAAAAACCCUUGAAUGGACCUUAAAUUGGUGUAUAUUGCAGAGCAUGUUUGAUCGAAACUUUUGUGUUAGAAGGGACUUUAUUUCUAAUCCUAAAACCUUAAAGAAAAGGCUUAUGGUAGUUGGGUUUGCUAUGCUUCUUCUUUCACCUUUCCUGGUUAUAUUCAUGCUUGUGUAUCUCUUCCUGAGGCAUGCUGAACAGUUCUACAAUCACCCAAGCACAGCAUCGUCCCGAAGAUGGUCAAAUUUGUCAAAAUGGAUCUUUAGGGAAUUUAAUGAGGUUGACCAUUUGUUCAAGCACCGGAUUAAUGGCAGUAUAAUGCAUGCUUCAGAUUAUUUGAAGCAAUUCCCCUCACCUAUUAUUUCGAUUGUUGCCAAGUUUAUAUCUUUUGUUUCUGGAGGCUUUGCAGCCAUUCUGAUUAUCAUUGCAUUUUUGGAGGAAUCUCUACUAGAGGGUCAUAUAUUUGGUCGCAACUUGUUCUGGUAUGCUGCUGUAUUUGGAACUAUAACAGCCAUCAGCCGGGCUGCAGUCACAGAUGAACUCCUGGUCCUUGAUCCAGAAGGGGCUAUGUCUAUGGUAGUCCAACAUACCCACUAUAUGCCAAAGAGGUGGCGGGGCAAAGAAAAUUCUGAGACUGUUCGGAUGGAGUUUGAAACCUUAUUUCAGUAUACUGGAAUGAUGUUACUCGAGGAGAUGGCAUCAAUUUUUCUCACCCCAUUCUUGCUGUUGUUUAUUGUCCCAAAGCGGGUGGAUGACAUCUUACAAUUCAUUGCAGAUUUCACAAUGGAUGUUGAAGGUGUUGGCCAUAUAUGCAGUUUUAGUGCUUUUGACUUUCAAAACCAUGGCAAUAGCAAUUAUGGUUCACCUUAUCAUACACCACAUACUCAAAGGAGCUCUCAGGGCAAGAUGGAGAAAUCGUUUUUGAGUUUUCAGAGCAGCUAUCCUUCAUGGGAGCCAAAUAUUCAGGGAAAGCAGUUCCUGUCAACUCUUAGAAAUUUCAGGGCGCAAAAGUUGCAAGGACAUGGAGUUAAACAUGUGUAUUCUCCUCCUAGAGUAUGGCGAGGAAGCCCCAAUUUGAGAGGCCCUGGAGAUAGAAACACUGCUUUCUCUAGGGAAAUGCCUCACAGUACUCCUGGCUUUCAUUUGGGUUCUUUGUGGCUAAUUGAUGAAGAUCAAAGGAAUCACCCAUAUCUUCUUGAUUGGUAUUAUACCACUCGACAUCAUACUUCAACUAAUAAUACAAGAGACACACCAACAAUACCGUUAGAUGUGACUGAGCAACAUCCUGAUGAUUAUUGGAUGCCACCCAAUUUUACACAAAACGAAGCAAGAUAUGAUGAUGAGUAUUGGCGUAACUGUUAUGAAGAUCGAACAGAGUCUCACUUGGGAGCUUCCACGUCUACUCCUUUCUUCCGGGAGAGUGUACUUCAUCAACAUGAUUCCAGCAACUUUGCACAUUCUGCUAGGAGCCAUUGGUGGGCUAGAAGUGGACCACCUGGUUCACAGCCCCAAGCAAGUUUCCUUGAGCCUCCUGAUUUCAACCGCUUUGCUUCACAUAAUUACCGUGAUAAUCUUUCAGAGAGAAGCUCAGAAGAGCAAGAACAACCCCUGGAUUGGGGUUCUCGAAGGCUGUCACGGACUACUUAUAUGGAUGAUGAUCUUGAAGCGGGAGGGAAUUUAAAUCUUCAUUUUGAUGAUGUUUAUAGCAGACCUCCUGAGACUCCAACUGAAUAUCAAGAGUCGUCAAUCUUCUGAGGACGAACUAUCAAUUACCUCUUUAGUUUGUCAAGAGGUUAACUUAUGGUUAUAAUGCAUACAGGUUUCCGGGAAUAGAUUCAUUUUGUUUAUUCGUGUAAAAAGGAAACUCUGUAUUCUUUACUGUAUAUAGAUUCAUUAUGAGGUUUAGAAUUAGAUUCUGAAGUAGGGCCUCAAGUUCAAUUUAGAAGGGUUUGCAUAUUCCCAAUGAGUUCAUUGUUACCCUUCUGAAACUGUAAAAAUCAUUACAAUCCAUUGAUACAUUUCAAAUCCGAUUCCCUUCAAUUAA